CUUUUUUAGUACCAAACAAAAUACACCAAGCCAAUGACGUAUUUCCUGACGUGCGACGCAUGCGUGUUGGCCUAUCUCUUUCUAUCCGGACCGCGGUGGCUUGAAGUGCCUCGACGAGUCCAUGUUGUAAUAAUUUAAGAAUAAUCCGUUAAAAUGGGUUUCGUGAAAGUCGUGAAGAAUAAACAGUACUUCAAGCGCUUCCAAGUCAAGUACAAGAGGCGUCGUGAAGGAAAAACCGAUUACUAUGCUCGUAAACGAUUGGUGGUUCAAGAUAAGAACAAAUACAACACCCCCAAGUACCGUCUGAUUGUGCGUCGUUCCAACCGUGAUGUGACCGUUCAGGUGGCAUACUCCCGUAUUGAGGGAGACCAUAUUGUCUGCUCAGCGUACUCGCACGAGUUGCCACGGUAUGGAAUCAAAGUUGGUCUGACCAACUAUGCUGCGUGCUACGCUACCGGUCUGUUGUUGGCGCGUCGUCUGCUGAAGAAGUUGCACUUAGACAAGCUGUAUGAGGGCACUACUGAGGUCAAUGGUGAUGAAUACAUCAUCGACGAUGUCGAGAAGGGACCAGGCGCUUUCAGGUGUUAUUUGGAUGUGGGUCUCCAGCGUACCACAACAGGCGCGCGUGUUUUCGCCGCGAUGAAGGGCGCCGUCGACGGUGGUCUGAACAUUCCUCACUCCACCAAGCGUUUCCCCGGCUACGACAGCGAGGGCAAGUCACUGAACGCUGAGGUGCACCGUGCACAUAUUUUCGGCACACACGUUGCCGAUUACAUGAGGAGUCUCGAAGAGGAAGACCCCGAGGCCUUCAAGCGUCAAUUCAGUCAGUACAUCAAGGAGGGACUUACCGCCGACAUGAUUGAAGAUGUAUACAAGAAAGCGCAUGAAAACAUCCGCGCCGACCCUACGCCAUCGAAGAAGCCGGAGAAGAAGGAACCAGCGAAGAAGAAGAGAUGGAACAGGGCCAAGCUCACGAUUCUGGAGCGCAAGGAUCGCGUCAAGCAGAAGAAGGAAGCGUUCUUGAAGAAGAUGGAAGGUCAGGCCGAACCUUGAGCGAAAGGGUGUUAAUGUAUUUUUUAUUGUGCGGCUUCGUUUCGACAAUGGAGCGUGCAAUAUUAAUAAAAAAUAUAAAAAUCAA